AUGCUGUUCCCGCCACUCAGGGUGCUCGGAACCAAGCACUGCUGCCUGAGGGAGGCCGUGUGCCGAAGACCCCGAUUGACGGACUCUGGACGUCGGGCUGAUGACCCGCUCCAGGAGCGGGUCAGCGGCCCCGAGAUCCCCACUCAGAAGACGAAACGGAUUCGUCAAGCGCUCCAGGGCGCCACCAAGUGCGGCGCGGUGAAGGCCAGCCCGGCGGCCGCCCGCUCCGGGGCCGCGCAGCCAUCGGGAAGACACCGACUCCUGGAAGCCCAGGGCUUCGCUCCCGCGGCGCUCAAGGCCUGGUCGGAGCACGCCACUCCUCACGCCGCCCGGCUCGCUCAUCUUUGCCUACAGCCCGGCUGGGCUCGCUCGUUGGCGGUGGCGGCGGCUGCGGCGAUGCGCCAAGGUAGGGGCCAUCGGCGCGCGUGCGCGCGGGGAGGGAACGCGGCGGGCGCUCGGGGCCGAGGAGCCCGCGGGGCCCUGCGCUACCCCGCCGUACCCGGCGGCUCCCUGGGUCCCACGCGCCCGGUGCCUCCCAUCUCUCGAGGUUUUUGCGGGCCGCCGGAAGCCGCGGCGCCGCAGGCUCCCGCGAGCGCCCUGCUGAGGAACCCUCGCCCCCACACACGCCGCCCGGUGGAGCUGCGGGAGGCCUUUCCCGGGCAAGCCGCCUUCCGAGCCCCGCGCGGCCUUCGCGGCGCUGUCCCGGACGCGCAGGCCGCGGGGCCUGCGCAGCGUCUCCAGGCGGGGCCCGAGGCCCGCGGCCGCUCCGCACGAGCUCCCAAGGCUGAGGGGUGUUGUGACCCCUCUGGCGACCCCGCCUCCCCAGCCCUUCCGUGUGAGCCUCUGAUUGGCAAAUGAGCAAUGUCAUUUAAUCAACAAGAAAGGGUCGUGUGUUAUAAUGGGGAAAUCCUUAUUUUUCAGUUGUCUAACCAGAAUUUUUCAGAUAAAAUGUCAGCAGAGACACCCAUACUACAUGUCAGAAAGAUGGUAUUUGACAGCGAAACCAGAACCUUUGCUCUGAAGUCCACUGGAUUCUGUCACAUACAGAAAGCAAGUUCUCAUUUAAAAAUUAUAUGUUGCAAUUGUGUGUCAGAUUUCAGAACUGGAAUUAACCUUCCUUUUGUUUUGAUACAAAACAAAAAAUUGAAUGGUGUUUUCAAAUAUUAUUUGCUGUUUUUGCACAGCACCAAUAAAUUUGAAAAGUGUUUAAGUUUUAGUCUAGGCUAUGAGAUGAAUGAUAGCAUAAGAGUCCAUAAUGGUCCUUUAGUUUUAUGGCAAUACGUCAAGACAUUCUACUGUAUCUCUUCCCAAAUUGGCAAAAUCAUUAGCAUAUCAACUAAUUGGUCUUCUAUUCAGUGGGCAGGUGAGAUCCAAAAUCUAGGUAUGGUUUUUUUGGGGCAAAUGGAAUAUACCUCAAAGCUUUUACAAUCAGAUUAUAAAAUCUGUAAUAGUAAGUUUUGUAUGUAUUCUCUUCAAAGUAAAAAAAUAUUAACUGAUACCUGUAUUAUUCCUCCUGCUUAUAGUAAUGUGGUAACUUAUAUUCAUGUCUGUACAACUGAGAUUGUCAACAAUCAGUUAAGAAUAUCUCUGGUUGCCCUUACUCGAAAGAAUCAGCUCAUUUCAUGUCACAAUGGAACACUUAAAAGUGUGUGCCAGCUUCCAUUUGAAGAUCCUUGUACAGUUCAAUCUUUGGACCCAGGUGAAGGAAAAUUAUUUUUCAUUGUUUUAUUUAGGACCGAUCAUGCUUGUGCUGUUUCAAAAAAGAACUUUCAGGUUACUGCUAAGUGGAAUAAAUUUAGCUUAGUACUGGUAGAUGACUUCAUUGGAACUGGAAGAGAACAGGUACUGCUCCUUUUUAAGGAUUCUUUGAAUUCAGAUUCCCUGUCUUCGUUUGAACUAACAGAUCUUGACAAGAUAAACUAUUCAAGUACACCAGUGGCGUUCUAUGAAGAUGAUUUGUUUAAAGAACAACAUAAGAAUCGUUGCUUGGUGAUUCCACCUCUGCAAAGAAGAAUAGAAGUAGGUUUGGGUUUAACUCAGGAAUUCAAGAAGCAUAUCUUGCUAAAGGAAAAAUUUAUUUUGAAAUCUUGCAAAGCUUUAAUAAACUUGACUCAAACUGACAGUACGUUAAAUGCAGAGGAGGAAUGUCUUGUUCCUUUUUGUGGGGAAGAAGAGAAUUUUGUCAGUACCUUCAAUGAAAAGUUGCCAGAUGUUUUUCAACAUUCAGAACAGAAAAUAGAGAAGAUAUGGUAUCGUAUAUUGGAUGGUAGCUUAAUUGUUGGAGUAAAACCCACAUCUUCUUUAAAGCUAUCCCUGAAUGAUGUGACUUUAUCAUUGUUAGUAGACAAAUCCUAUAACUCCAUUGUUCCGGUUAUUAAGUGUCAAAAUAAGGUGAUUAAGUUGAGUAUGGAUUCUUUCUCAGAACCAUACUUAAAGCCACAUGAAGUAGGAUCUGAGGCAAAAAGGAUCAAGUUGAACAAGGAAGAAAGCUUUAUUGGUGAACAGCCGUCUAAGAAAGAAUGUGAGCAGAUAAUUACUGGUGUAACAUCUCUUUCACCACUUUUAGCACUCAAUAAAUUUUGUUGUGUCGUGCUACUACAAUUUAAAGAAAGAGAUACUGAUAAGUAUCCUGAAGAUCGUUUUAUUCCAUGUGGCAGACUUUGUAUAAGUCUCAAAGAUCUUUCAAGUGAGAAAUACCUACUGACAUUUCCAGAGAAGAAACUGAUAGAGCACAUGGAAGAUCUUUUUGCAUAUCUCACAGUAUUGAACAAAUACUGUUUUCAACUCACAUCAUCAUCCGGUGGUGCCUUGAAUUUAAUGAAGAUGUGGCUUAUAGAAUGCAUGAACUGUGAAGUCAUCAAAGAAUUUCCAGAAAUGUGCUUUUGUAAAGAGCCAAGAAAUGUCUAUGGGACUCUCCUAAACUGGAAACCAAAAACACCAUUUAAAGGAAUUUUAACAAUCUAUACAAGGAAUCAAACAGUUUUGUUCCAAUGUCUUCAUAAUCUUACUAGACUUCUCCCUAUCAAUUGCUUUUUCCAAAAACUAAAGUCAGGAAGUGAGGAUCUCCUAGUUGAUCAUUUUGCAUUAACUUUGGAGAAUGAACUAGUCACCCUGGCUUCUUUUUCUACGGUAACCUUACACAAUUUUGAAAGCAACUUUGUUCAAAAGUGUGAAGCCAGUAAAGAAAAUAGUAGUACCAAGCCUACUUCACCAGAGACAGAGGACAAAAUCCAUCUGUUCAGAAAGGAAUUUGAGAGAGAAAAGAAGAAAAUGGUGGAAAUGGACCUAAAAAUGAGUGGUGCCCUUUAUAGAGAAAUGACUUUGAAAUUAACUGAGAUUCAGUUGCAAUCAGAUUUGGCUGCAGAGAAAAUGACUCCUUUUUCAUUGACAAAGUUUUGAUUUCCUUGUUAUAUGUCUCUUCUGUAAAAAU